AUGUCGCUGCGUCGCCAGUCGGCUCGCGUGCCGCAAACGCCUCGCAUCAUCUCGCCCAGCCCGACGCCGUCAGAACGAGACGUGCAGGAUUACGUGGGCCCCAUGACCCGGAGUCGAAGAAAGGCCCCGACGCAGCAGGCGGUGGAGGAAGAGCCGAGCGAUGGCAGCAGUUCCAGUUCCGGGCCCCGAAGAUCCCGUACAAGAAGCCGCUCCCCCCUCGAAUCGCGCGUGCCUCGCAUGACCAAGACGCCGACAGCAGCGUCCAAGACAGAACAAGACGGCAUCAUGGCCACAGCAACGGCGACGGCCACUCGGCUGGCCACGACGACAAACGGCCAUCUGGCUCCUCCCCAGCCGGCCACCACGGGAUGGAGCUGGCGCGACUUCAGCCGCAGCCCCAGUCCUCUCGGCCUCAUCCCCAUCCACAGACACUGGCGGACAUUUGUGCACAAGCAUGAGGUCCCCCGCAAGGCCUUGCACGUCUCCAUCGGCUUCUUCGUCGUCUGGCUUUACAGCUCCGGAACCCAGACCAGCGCCGUGCCACCGUACCUGAUGGCCGGUCUCGUACCCAUCACCACCGUCGACUGGCUACGGCAUCGAUAUGCCUCGUUCAACCGGCUCUACGUCAAAGUGCUCGGCGCCCUCAUGAGGGAGAGCGAGUACGCGGGCUGGAAUGGCGUCAUCUUCUAUCUCCUGGGCGCCUGGAUCACCCUCUACUUCUUCCCCAAGGAUGUUGGUGUCAUCAGCGUCCUGCUGCUCAGCUGGUGCGACACGGCCGCCAGCACAUUCGGCCGUCUCUGGGGACGAUAUACCCCGAGGCUGCGCCGCGGCAAAUCUUUGGCCGGAUCUCUCGCCGCUUUUCUCGUCGGCGUGGCCACCUCGUACCUCUGGUACGGGUGGCUGGUCCCAACUAUAGGACCCAUGCCCGGUGACGAGAACUUCAUGUUCACGGGCACUCUGUCGCUGCCGCGAGCAUUGACCGAGGCCGUCGGCAUCCCGGACAGCAUGGCAUCCGUCUCCGGCUCCGUGGCCCUCGGCAUCAUGAGCGUCUGGUCUGGAUUUGUUGCCUCCGCCAGCGAAGUGGCCGACCUCUUCGGAUGGGACGACAACUUGACGAUCCCAGUGCUUAGCGGAAUCGGCAUUUGGGGCUUCCUCAAACUGUUUGGCUAA